UUAUUUUACUUCUCUUUGGUUGAAAUAUAUGUAAACAUAAUAAUUUUCUUGUGAACUUUCGUUUACCAUUUUCGGCCUGCAGGAAACAAAUAUUUUGUAAGAGGACAGUGCUGAAUCACACAAACUCGUGUUGAGAAACAGUUGAUACCAGUUCGGUGGCUUACGGUCAAGAUGAAAGAAUGGUUACAGAGAUGCUGGGUUAUACCCGCUUUGUUACUGAUGAACUUGGUAACGAUGUUUUUGCCUCAGCCAAGCCAGACAAUGCUGGAGCACGUGUCGACGGCGGACUACUGGUCGGCGGCGGCGGUCGCCUUCCUGUGCGGCCUGUGCGUGGCGCGCCAGCCCUUCCAGCAAGCGCUGCUGGACCCGGAGGUGCACGUGCUGUGCGCGCUCUACUCGCUCGUGAUCGCGCCGCUGUCCGCCGUCGUGGCAGCGCUGCUGCUGCGCGCCGCGGGGCUGUCCGAGGCCGAGUUCCUGCGCGGCCUGGUGCUGACGGCCUGCCUGCCGCCCUCCCUCACGAGCACCGUGGCGCUGACGACGGUGGCCGCUGGCAGCGAGGCGACGGCCGUGGUGGGCGCGCUGGGCUGCAAGUACAUCUCCGUGCUGGUCUCGCCGCUGCUCAUGCGACACCUGGCAGAGCUGGACCUGACAUGGCUGUCUGCGACGGAAACACUCAAGUCGAUAACUCUGAGCAUCACCGUCCCGCUGGUGGCCGGACAGAUCAUCCGGGCCAUAACGAACCUCGAGUACAGGCAGGUGCCGCUCAGGCACCUUUGCUGCGCCAUCUUGCUGUUAAACCAGUACGUGGUGUCGAGCAACCUGGCCACGGACUGUAUUCAGGCCUACUCGCAGUCCAGAUUGGCCAUCAUGGUUCUUUUAGUGCUCACAGUCUUGCUGAUCCAAGAUAUGAUAAUUUUUCAGUCCUCGAAAACAUCGCAUAUAAAUUUAACCUCAGAAGAAAUCGCCUCUGUUUUAUUUACAGGCGCACACAAAUCUCUUCGCUACGGUCGGCUGAUGCUCGACGGGAAAAAUACGUCACUUUGCUGCUUUUAUAUAUAUACUGCUUUCCAAACAAUGGUUUGCUUUGGUGUUGAUUAUUUCAUGGGAUGAACAUGUCUGAUUGAAACUAUACGUCGUCACUUUCGUAUUUAUGUAUUAUAUCCAAGAAUAAAAUAUAGGUGUCUGAAUUGGAA